AUUUGUUAUGAUUUGAAAACUGAUAAUGCGUGCAACAAUGCAAUUCAGUUAUUAUCUCUUUAACCGGUCGUAUUUUAUCGUGAAAUUGAUAUUUUAUUAUUGCAAAGCUGAUGAAUACAUGUAUGACUGUAAUCUGUUGAGAUUUUGUAUGUAAAACAUUGCGUUGCGGUGUCAUUAAUAUUCCGUGUGGCCAAUUAAUUUGGGAGUCAGUUAUACGUGUCGCAAUACAUGCUCGUCAUAUCCACUAACCUUGCGUGACAGCCUUGCAUGACUUCCUAUGUUAAGAGGUGAAAUGGAAAACUGUACUGCACAUCAUUCAAGAGAUUCUUUAAAUUCAUUAUAUAUGUUUGUUGUUGUUUGUUUUUUUAAAGUGAAGUCGAGUUAUUUUAUCAAUUAAAUGGACACGAAAGCAGAAAACACAGACGAAAAGGUAAGUUCUUGUGAGGUAGAAACUUUUUUUAGACAAAAACUAAUCUAAUCUAAUUUUUUUUAUCACUACAGUUAGAAAAAAUUGUAAUUUGUUCAGUUAUACUUCCCUUUAUAGACUAUUUUGAGACCCAUUUUGAUAAAUCAACAGAAAUUUUUUUAGCUUUUGGCAUUCUUGUUAAAACGUUAAAUAUAUAUAUAAAUAUAUAUCUUUUUAACUAAAGACUUCCAUUAUUUGAUAUAAGAAACUGAUUGAGGAUAGAAUAAAUGCUCUUGUUUAACUUUUAUUUUGCAGUGUGACGUUUCUUCAGAAGCUUGUAAACAGUUAGAGUAAGUCUAUUUUUAAAAUAUUUUUUUCUGUAUCAAUUCUGUUACAAGACUGACAUGUAUGUAAGACAGAUUUUCAGAAGGUAUAUUUUAAAAUAUUUUUAACCUUUUAGAUUAGAAAAUCAGGAAUUAAGAGAUAAAUUACAGAAGUUGGAAGAGCAAAUAGCAGGUAUACAUUCUAGUGAGAGAGCUGAUGUGUCAGUUGCAUCACCCAAAGAGAAGAAUGGUGAAAUACAGGAAACACCUGAUAAAGUGAAAGAAAAGAAGGGAAAGGAUUUGGAAUUCUCCCCUGAGCAAGCAAGGAGGUAAAUUGAAAAACAUCAAUCAUUCAAUCAUCACUAAUAAAAGGAAUAUCACUGUGAGCAAAUCAGAAAAAAGAUCAUUUGCUUAAUUUUUUAAAGUUUACAAUUAUUGUAGAAGUUCCCCAAAACGAAAAAUUUCAAUGCUAGGGCAGUUACUGAUGUUUUGACGUCCUGAAAAGAAUCCACGCUUAGAGUUAGGAGACUGUGAUGAUGAUUUCCAUGAAAGUUGUCAAAUAUCAGUCACUGACAAUGAAAAUGUUCCUUUUCAUGGUUGAUCUCACCCAUUUGAUUAGGUACAUGAUCAACAUUGUUGACUUUGUCAUGUAUUUAGGGAGGAAUUAAAUGAAAAAGUCCCUCCCUCUGUACGUAUUUGUAAACAAUUGAUUAAUAAUUAAACUGAUAUUUUGAAUUUGCAGACUAAAAGGAGACUAUGAUGACGUUGUGAAGAAAAAUCAAGAGCUUGAAAGCAGAAUCCUCCAAAUGGUAAUCUAAAUAUAAAUUUCCAUCUACCAUUUUUCCUCAAUUAUACAAUUCAGUUGCUGUCAGUGUGAUCAGUUUUUCAUGCAAUGCCCUCAGUGUGGGGGUAUUGUUCUCAUCCCUAGAUAGGAUGUUAGUCACUGCAGCCAACUCUUCCCCCCAGCAAUAAUCAAGAUUCAUAUACAAGUUGCUAUUAUGAUCAUUUACUCCCAUGGGAGAGGUGGUUGCCAAACAGUUUAGUGCACUGGGUCAAGAAGUCACAGCAUUUCUUUUUUUUCCUAUCUGAACAGUUCAUUAUGUUGUGAUCUUUAGCAAGACACUUUGCUUACAGAAUACCUCUCCUUAGUCAGGUAUUAAAUGGCUAUCAAACAACUUUCAGGCAAACCUUACAAAACUCUAUGGAGGCGAGGAUACUAGCUUCAGUGUCCUGAGGACCAUUUGGCUUGGGUGCAAAAUGUUUCUUUUUUCUAACCAUUUGUGCUCCUAGGCAGAAAGAGACUCUGGGAGAGUAAAACAUUUUGCCCAACCUAUCAACCUGUCCCUUGCUUAAAUCCAUGCCUUUUAUUUGGAAGUCCAUUAGUACCCAGAUCACUAGACUGACAUGUCUCUGUAGUAGAGACACGGUCCUUAACCCUUGAACUCCCAAGAUCAAAUUAUUAAUUCUCCCCUCUAGUUUCUACAAAUUUCCUUGUGAAUCAGUUAUGAGAACUUAGUGUUAGAUCAAGAAAACAACUUCUACAUGAUAAGUUGGAGUUUUCUCAAUACCUGUUUGCAGGAUAAUGUAUGAUUGGAUAUUAUAGGGAGAAAUUCCAUGUUAAUCACUUCUGGGAGUUAAAGAGUACAGCACAUGAACUGAAUUUCUUUAAUAUAUCACUACUGUUAACUUAAUGCCACUAGGCUAGCGAAAUGCAAACAGAGAAAGAGAAGUUUGAGGCAACAGUUGGAGCAAUGUCAAAGCAGUUAAUGGACUUUGUUGAGAAAAUGAACAAACUGGAGGUGGAAGCUGUAAGUUCAAGUUGAUCAAUUCCUGUUCAAUGUCAACUGAAUUUGGAAAAACUGUAAUUUUGAGCUGAGACCUGUAUAAUUUUAUCAUAGAUGAAGUACAAGAGAGAUUGUUCAUUAGUGGUACAGCUUUUGAAGUGUAACCAGUCCCUGGACAGGAAGUUUGUUUCUCAAAAAAUGGAUACGGUGAGCAAACCAUCCCCUUUACACAGAGUAUUCAUGAUGUAUGUUAGAUAAUAAAUUGUAAAUAAUUUACCAUGAAUUAAUCUUUAAAGUACCAUUAUUGUAACACUUACUAUGAUCAUUUUCAUUAUCAUUGUACUUAUUAUUAUCAUGAUCAUUUUUUUUACUCAGGGUUGUCAAAAAUAUUUUCAUUUACAGGACUGUGAUACAAAGUAGGCAGCACUAAACCAUGUUAUUCCCAUGCCAUGCUUCUGUUCUGAAAAUUGAGCCAGUAGCAUUCAGAAUAGCUGGAUGGUACAAUUUAAGAAUAGAAGGUGAAAUGGGCCUUUUGUAAGUUAUUUUGACAACCCUGAUGUAACCAUAACUUAACAUCAAUACAUUUUCUGUUUACCGGACUGGACUAAACAUUGACUUAACUAAAUCACAAAAAGCUUGCACACAGGAUUUGGGUGGAGGUCAAUCAGACCUUAGGAUUUAAGGGUUUUAAAUGAAUGCUUAAUAUCUUAUUAACUUCCUUCUUUCUUUUGUGCUUUGUGCCACAGUUACCAUCAGAACUGAAAGACAAGUUGACAACAGAGCUUGACCUUAAAGAAGAAAGACAACCUCUCAGUCAUCCAGACUGGAGCAAAAAACUCUGGAGAACAAAGAGUAUAGGGCCAACAAAUGCAAAAACAGAGCCACAGUCAAAGACUGUACGUACACCCAAGUUCAGUGAAUGA